AUGGCGCAAGUGGUGAACACCUCCACCGACCUGAACUGGCUGCUGACGCGGAACAGCUCCUCGCACCUGCUGAAGCGCCGCGGCGUGAGCCACUUCUUCAGCACCGAUCCGCUGAACCCGAAGGGCCUGCACAAGCCGCGCUUCCAGGGCACCAUCCAGAAGCGCGCCCUCACCGUGCAGGAGAACGCCUCCGGCAAGGGCAUCACCCUGGUGUACAAGAACAAGCGCAACCAGAACAAGCCCGCCAAGGCCAUCUCCCGCGUGCCGCUGAACCGCGGCGCCAGCCGGGCGCUGAAGAACAUCAAACAGCUCGUCAACAAGCAGAACUACCGCAGUGACCUGAAGAACGUCACCCUGAGACGCGCCAGCGCUCUGCUUCGCGGCCAGCGCAUCAAGAACUCCAAGAAGACCCGCACGACCAAGGCCAAGAAGGAGUAA